CCGUACUUCCUGGAUACGCGCUCAGAAAAACAGGCAGGCUGGGUGAUAUUAUAACCUUACACCGAGUUUCCGUAAACCUGUAGUUUAUUCGCACACAUGAGGACUUAAAUAUUCCAGCGAUAAAUGACCGUUUAAUACCACGACAUUACCGAUGAUAACGUAAAACAGGGCAGGGAGGCGGAGGGCGCAGAAGUCGCACAGAAAGAGCGCCACGUCAUUGAUCAGCGGAGGAGUCAGAAAAACACAGCCGGAAUUUAGUCCGAGCCCCCGCUUUGGACCAGAGAUUAGUCGGUGACACUGCACCGUUAGCCUACAGUGUGCUGCCUUCUCUGGGCUGUUUUGUUUUGUUUUGUUUGUUUUCGGGAGGGGACCAGUCAAGGAGCGCCUGAAAAUGACGGCGUCCAACUCGGGUCUCAUCAUGAACGUGGUGAACAGCAUCGUCGGAGUCAGUGUGCUCACCAUGCCCUUCUGCUUCAAACAGUGUGGGAUAGUGCUGGGAACUAUUCUGUUGUUCUUCUGUUCCUGGAUGACGCACAAGUCUUGCAUGUUCCUGGUCCAUACGGCCAGCAACACCAAACGGCGGACAUAUGCCGGAUUGGCCUUCCAUGCUUACGGGAAACCAGGAAAAGCACUGGUGGAGACGAGUAUGAUUGGGUUGAUGUUGGGGACCUGUAUUGCCUUCUACGUUGUCAUUGCUGAUUUGGGCUCAAAUUUCUUCGCUCAGCUGUUGGGUUUACAGGUGACGGGCAGUUUUCGCGUGCUGCUGCUGAUCGCCGUGUCUCUGUUCAUCGUGCUCCCGCUGAGUCUGCAGAGGAACAUGAUGUCCUCCAUCCAGUCCUUCUCCGCUAUGGCUCUCAUGUUUUACACCCUCUUCAUGUUCACGAUAGUGUUGUCGUCUCUGCGCUACGGCAUAAUCUCGGGCUCCUGGGUGGAGCGGGUUCACCUGUGGCGCUUCAAGGGCGUCAUUCAGUGCCUGCCCAUUAUCGCCACAACCUUCUGCUGUCACCCGCAGGUGCUGCCGACCUACGACAGCCUGGACGAGCCGUCCGUCAAACGCAUGAGCACCAUCUUCACCUCAGCCCUCAACGUAGUCACCAUCUUCUACAUCACCGUGGGGUUCUUUGGCUACGUCAGCUUCACAGAAAACAUCGCGGGCAAUGUGCUGAUGAACUUCCCCUCCAACCUGGUGACAGAAAUGAUCCGUGUGGGCUUUAUGAUGUCUGUGGCUGUCGGAUUCCCAAUGAUGAUCUUGCCCUGCCGCCAGGCCAUCAACACCAUGCUUUUUGAGCAGCAGCAGAAGGAUGGGACGUUUGCUGCCGGGGGAUACAUGCCUCCUCUGCGUUUCAAAAUGAUCACCCUCUGCAUUGUGUUUGGCACCAUGCUGGGAGGCAUUCUCAUUCCCAACGUGGAAACCAUUCUGGGUCUGACUGGGGCCACCAUGGGCAGCCUCAUCUGCUUCAUAUGUCCCGCUCUCAUCUACAGGAAAAUCCAGAAGAAUGGCAUCAUUGCUCAGCUGGUGCUUUGGGUUGGUCUGGGCAUCCUGCUGAUCAGCACCUUUACCACUCUCUCAAUUUCGGCAAGUAGCCCUGGCACCAGAGUCCAACCCCCUUCUCCUCUAGCGGCUAACAAGAACAAGGUGCUGCUACCGGACCCCCAUGAACUGCACGACAAUCCUCCAAACAAGAAGCCAGUGGAACUAGAAAAGCCUGACCUUCCAGCUGUGGAGGUAGUACAACCUGUGGAGAAGGUCCAGGCUGAGCCCCCCCAGAUUAAAGGACCAGUGGAACCACCAAAGAGGAAGGAGGAGGAAGAGGUGCAGUUGGACCGUCCCGAUGCUGGUGUCGCGGUACCAGAGGGAGAGGCCCACCGCCACGAACCACCCAUCCCUCAUGAUGAGGUCAAAGUAGACACAAGAAAGAAUGACGAGAAACAACCUGUUGGAGGUGGAGGAGAAGAAAAAAGAGAUGAAGAGCAUGGUUUAGGGCACGCUGUGAAGGUAGAGGACGAUAAAGAACAAAAGGUUGAAGAGAACGCAAAGCCUGCAGAGGUUGUUGUGAAGAGAGAAGAAGUAGAUAUGGGUGGAGGUGAAGUUCUGUCCAAUGAGGUGCUGGAGAACCAGGCGGCAGAAGCAGGCAAAAAGCAGGACGUUCUCCCGCUAAAGGACGUGGAGAAGCUCGAUCCUGUGAAGGAUCCUCUGGCAGGGAAUGCAGUCGUGGGGGCCAAUCAGGCUGCGGUGGUACAAGUCGAUAAAGUGGGCAAAGCGCCAGAUGCUGCAGGGAAACCUCAACUUCCCGAAGGAGAACAUCGUCCUGCUGCUGAUGAGGCUCCUGCUGCAGACAGCAAAGACACGGGAGAUGAAAAGAUGGAGGUGAUAAAAAAGUUGGUUGCAGAGGGACAGCUCGACCACGCUGUGCUACUGCAGGUGAUUAAGGAGCAACAAGAGCAACAGAAGAGACUUCUAGACCAGCAGGAAAAACUACUGGCUGUCAUAGAAGAGCAACACAAGGAAAUCCACCAGAAACAGCCUGCUGGUGCUGCUGAAGGCGAUGCAGAGAAAGGCAUCCAGGAGCACUUGGAGGUGAUGGAAGGUGGAGCAGUGAAGCCCAAAGACUCUGGACUGGCCUCAGACCAGAAUAAGCCCAAGGAGGCAGCUGGAGCUGAAGCUGGAGCUCCACAGGGUGGAGUAGCUGGGCCUCAUGCUGUGGCCCAGAAUCAAGCUCAGGCCGGGAUUAAGGCUGAUGAGGCCGGGAAACCUAAAGUAGUUGCUCCAGCUGCUUACAAAGAGGAUCUCCAUGUUGCACCUGGAGGAGAAUCUCAUAAACAGGAUGAGCUGGGGGCGAGGGGAGUGCCACUGGGGAAGAAAAAACCCAAUGACAAUCAGCCUGUGCCUCAGAAUGAUCAGGUAGCUCAGCUUAAAGAUGAAGAAAGAAGUCUAGACAAGGAAAACGAUCUUAAAAAACAACAGAUAGAGAAAGAGGUUCAGGCAAGACUGGAAAAAGAACAGCUCGAGAGGGAGGCAAAGGAAAGGAUGGCCAGGCAGCAGGAGCUAGAGAAGGAAAAAGCAGAGAGAGAAAGGAUAGAGCAAGAAGUGCAGGCGAGGUUAGAAAAAGAACGGCUGGAGAGGGAAAGAAAGGAAAAGCUGGCCAGAGAACAGGAGUUAGAGAAGGAGAGGAUAGAGAAGGAGGUGCAGGUGAGGUUGGAGAAAGAGCGGCUGGAGAGGGAGAGACAGGAAAAACUGGCCAGAGAACAGGAGUUAGAGAAGGAAAGAGCAGAAAGAGAGAAACUCGCACAGCAGAAAGCUGAAGAAGAGAGAAUCCAGCAGGAGAUUCAGAAAGCAGACAGUGAAAUACAUGAGAGGGCGAGGAAAGAAAAGGAGGCAGAGGAGACUCUGGAGAGGCUGGCCCAGCUGGAGCGAGCCAUAGAAGCCCAAAAAGCUGCACAGGGGGCCGAGAGAGAAGACGGUGAAGCUUUGAAGAAAGGAGGACGAGACCUCAAAGAGAAAGUUGCUGCUCAGGCGGACCCCAGAGAAGGCGUGAAAGACGGUGCUGUCAGAGGCGAGGCUCACCCCCAGGGCUCCCACGAGAAGGUCAGGGACCAGGGGGAGAUGGAUCUAAGGCGGAGGCGUAGGGCAGUGGGACCAAAAGAGGCUGGAGGGCCCCCAGAGGACACUGGGGUGUCCAGGGGGGUGCCUGGGCUGGAACCCCUACUGAAGCUGGGGGGCUCAGACCUGCAUGCGGCCCUGGAGGAGCAGCUACUGGCCGGGGCGAUGGUGCACUCACGGCAGAUUAAACAGGCCUCAGAGGAUGAGGGAGCGAAAUAACACACGUCAGACACACACACACACACACCUAGAUUCUCAUUUAAUGGUCAAACUGCAAGUUCACACACAUUGUACACCUACAGGACCUCCUCAUACUGUGGACUAUGAUAUUGUUGCCUUACAUCUCUUGCCUUCAUGGACAAAAGAGGAACAUUUUCUCUUUCUUGAUACUGUGUGCUCUGGAAAUAACCCAAAGUCUUUAUUAAAGAGUAAAGCGUAUGUAAAUGUUAACUUAUUUUUGUUUUGUGGCAGAGAAUUUUGAGGAAUUUAUUGUUGAAAUGUAUAUAAAUCUAUGCAAAUACCCUUAAAUGGAGUGUUUUAACAGGGCAAAUAUAUUAAUGUUUGUAUGUCACGUUAAAUGUUUUUUUUAAUCCACCAGCUUGUGGACUCUGCCUUUCUCUAUGAUGUGUGUUUGUUCUUUUAUUGUGAGUUUUUGUUAGAAGUUCUGGUCAGUGUUUGUGUGUUCAUCUGUUACUCUGAGAUGUAAAUAUUGUAAAUCUGUUAUGUUUCAUUGUGAUCAAUGUUCAGGGUCUCUUUGAACCUACAUUUACCACGUAUUGGAUGUAACGUGAAUCCGGGCCCUUUCAUAAAUAUUGUUUCACAUUACUUUCAAUUGAAAGUCAAUGAAUUCAACCUCAUGCUGGAGCAGUGAGGAUUACACUGUAGCCUUACCGUUUGAUAAAUUGUGGACCAUGAAGCAGCUCGAUCUGGAUCCACGACUCUAGUUGUUAAUCAUUCCAUCUUCAAUAUCCCUUCCUUGAUUUAUUAGUGCCUUCCAAUCCAUAUGCUGCAGCAAUGAUGGUUUAUAAGAACGAAAUGUGGCAGUUUUUCUCAAUUUGUUUUUUUUUCUUCCACAUGACCCCUCUUACUGUAAGAGUAAUUUUAAUAUAUAAGAUUUGUAUAUUGUGUUCAGGACAGUGGAAGAAAGUCUGGAUUAUGUUUGUAGUGUUUAUUAGUAAUUCAGCUUUUAUGAAAAUUCCUCCAUCAGUUAGCACUUCAACACACGUUGGACCUUUGCUUUGUACAAGAGGCUAUUUUUCUGACUAUUUUUCUAUGUGCAUUGUAUUUCUGUACAUUUUGGUGAGAUAAAAAUAAAUAAAAUAUCCAGUUCAA